GGAAGACGAAGAUGAGGUCUUCAAUAACACCUACCUGAUGGACCUGAAGGCGGGCCGUUGCGAAGUACCCGGUACCAGCACGACAUUCAAGAGUUGCGAAAAUUUGGCCAACAAUAAGGACGAGUCGAAUUUCAAAAGGCUGUCGGAGCUGAGAUGGAGGAAUUCUAUGUGCCCCCCACACCUGAGGAGCUCCUACGCCACCGAGACCGGCCUGGAAGAGUUCAGGGAGAAUGAGGUUAAGUCUGUGGACACGAGUGCAACUCACCUCCUGCCAUCAGACAACGUAACAACCGGCAGAAGAUCAACAUUAUCCUCAUCUGGCCUGAAAUGGAACAAGGAUCGCGGCCAGGGCACCAGCUAUCGAAAACCAGGCCCUCCGACACCCAGCAAACACGCCGGAAGGAACAGCAUCGGUGGCAGAAACAGUCUUCAUAGUUCAGAUCUUCCCCGAGACAUUUUGAAGGAGAAGAAUGACAAUAAAUCCACCAACACUGGUGCUGUUAAGAAAGCAAAAGCCAGCACACCAAACAGAAUCAAGGCCAUGUUUGGGGGAUCCAAAACGCAACAGAAUAACGAGUUCCGUCGCAAGUCUCGUCGUCGCAUCAGUUUGAAUAUCAGUAGGAAAUUGAAAAGAUCAUUUCGUUGUUUACGUAACAACUCGAUCGCUUCGGAAACCUCCUCGGGCUCAUCCAGCAUCGAAAAACACCAGCAAAGGAAGCGUUUGGCGUCCGCGCCCAAACCUGGCGCGAUUGCAUCUUGGAGGGAGCCGAAGAAGUCGAUCAUCGACUCUUUUUCGUCCAGUACCACCGAUGAUGAUAAUGAUGAUGAUGAUGUUUCGGUUGCAUCGAACAACGUCUCGCAUGGUGUGGACGACUUUGGAGUGUUCACUGAAGAUUUAAAAUACUACGUGGAUUUAUUAAAAGAAGGAUUCGAGACAAAGUUGAGUUUGAGGAGAAGGAAUCGCAUUGGUGCACAGUCGUCGACGCCGAAAAAGUUGGACAGGAAAACUGUGCUGGAUGAUGAAAAACCUACAGCAUCUUGCAGUGUGAAAGUUGACUCUCCAACAGAAGUUUUGCAUAUCCAGGCAGACGAUUCCCAAAACCUCGUCAAUGCCAACUUCAUUCUGACCCCUAUCAUCGAGCAACAAACACCAGCGGAUGCCCAAACUCCGCAAAAUCUCGUUCGCCAAGUUUUAAGCAUCAGGUCGUCGACUCCUAGAAAUGCCCAAUCUUUUACCAGUCCCAAUCCCAAUCAUGUGGUGAUCGAUCUGCCUUCGAUUAGAAGAUCGAGGUUGUCAUUGCCGAGUAGUGCUGGUCACAGGACGGUCAUUACAUACAGCGAACAGGAGCAGAUAGUACUUAGUGGACGAAAUCGAUUAUUUGAGGAGAAUAUGGUGACGAUGAUGUUGGUUGCUGUUAUUUUAGUGGUGUUUGCUUCGGUUCUGGUUUACUACAAAUAUCAAACGAAGGAUUGAGAUAAGCAAAAGGAAUGGCACCAUAUGGCUUACACCAAGUUUUCUGUGAAAUGUGAUAUGAAAGAAAUUAAGAGUUUGCUUUGUGUUUUUAUAAUAUGAUGAUUAAUUUGCUAAUUAAAUCAAGCUUCAAUCGAUUUUAAAUUAUUAUUAAAUUAUUAUUAUAAUAGUGGUUAAUAGCGAGACAAUAAUAAAACUGUGGAUUCGGCUUCUGACUCUGUUUUAUGUUUCGUCAGCACUUACAAGAACCAUUCUUGAAGAGUGGUAUUAUACUUCCAAAAACUUGCAGAUUCCGAUUUUAAU